UCUGCUCCAACAGCUGAAGGGGGUGGCAGCCAGCUGCAAGUGACCAAGAACUUGGCACUGCCCAGUUCCAUCUCUAGGGGAACAUCUCGCUUCUGGGUGGUACAUUCGUGGCCAAAAGUCUAGAAGAACUUCAUUAUCAAGAAAUUCUUGAAAGAAGAGCAACAAAAGAUCUUGGAGAAUGGCCAGAAUGAUGUCUGAUAUAGACUGGUUACACAGCUGCAGGGGAGUGUGCAAAGUAGAUCUCUACAGCCCAAUAAGACAGCAAGAUCAAGAACGAAAAGUGAUAUGUUUUGUUGAUGUGUCCAACCUGAAUGCAGAAGAUAAAGAUUCAAAGGGUGCUACUGGUUCUAGUUCAGAAUUCAACUUUAACCUGCAGACUCUAGAAGAUAAAGAGAUCGUCGUGAUUAAGGACACCGAGAAGAAAGACCAGUCUAAGAUAGAAGGAUCUGUGUGUCUUUUCAAACAAGCUCCCUUUGAUCCUCUUGUUGUCCUCCAUUGGCUCCUCAUUGAUCUCCAGAAGCAUGCCUUAGGUUUUCAACAUGCACUCAGCCCUUCAGCCUCUAGCUGUAAACAUAAAGCAGGAGACAUAGACGACUAUCACAAAACUGGGAACUGCUACAGUGUAUAUGCUGAUAAAUUGAGCAUUGAUCAUACGGCCAAAGGACCUCAAUGCCUCCAUCUAGAAAUGACGGCAACUAAAAACACCAACAAUAACCAAAGUCCUUCAACUCCUGUAGUCAAGUCUUCUAACACUCAGAAGGAAGUUAAGUCCCCUGAUGGCGAAUGUAGUAUGGAUGACCUUUCCUACUAUGUCAACCAGCUAUCUUCGCUGGUAAUCCAGAUGGCUUGUAAAGAAAUCAAGGAGAAAUUGGAAAGUGGAAGCAAAGGUCUUCAUCAUUCAGUGUAUCAACCCACUGGAGAAAAGGGGAAAAACAGCCCCCACAGUCCUCUCAGCAAGAUUGCUUCUGAAAUGGCCCAUGAAGAGGUGGAAUUGACUUCUUCAGAAAUGUGUGGCACUGGUGAGGAAAAUCAAGAAGGUGGCCAGAAAACCUUUCUGUAUAGUGAAUUAUCCAACAAGAGCAAGUGUGGGGAAAAGCAGAUGUUUCAGAGAGAUAGUAAAGAAUUUGCAGAUUCCAUUAGCAAGGGGCUCAUGGUUUAUGCAAAUCAGGAGGCAUCUGACAUGAUUGUCUCUGUUAUGAAAACUCUGAAAGUGCAUAGCUCUGGGAAGCCAAUUCCAGCCUGCGUGGUCCUGAAGAGGGUAUUGUUAAAGCACACCAAAGAAAUCAUGUCUGAUCUGUUUGAUUCCUGCAUGAAGAACCUGCAUAAUAUAACUAGAGUUUUGAUGACUGACUCAGAUUUUGUCUCCGCUGUCAAGAGUAAUCUGUUCAACCGUGGAAAACAAAAUGCUGCAGACCUCAUGGAGGCCAUGUUGAAUCGUCUGGUCAGUGCCCUUCUCAGCGAGAAGGAGACAGAGUCUCAAAGUCUGUCAUAUGCAACUUUGAAAACUGGAUCUCAGGAUCCUAAAUGCAAGAAUCAAAGCCUUGAAUUUUCAUCCAUGAAGGCUGAGAUGAAAGGGAAAGAUAAAUCCAAAAUGAAAUCAGACCAGUGCAAGUCAUUGACCAGUGCUGAGAAAGUCAGUGAACACAUCCUCAAGGAGAGUCUGACCAUGUGGAACCAGAAGCAAGGAAAUCCAUGCAAGAGGGCUACUAAACUAUGUGCCAAUAAAGAUGAGAAAAAAGAAAAUAUCAGCCCUUCUAUGGAUUCACUGGCCAAAGACCUGAUUGUAUCUGCCCUUAGGCUAAUCCAAUACCAUCUAAUCCAGCAAGCCAAAGGCAAGGAUACACUUGAAGAAGAUUGCCCUGGUUCCUCCCUGGGCUAUGUGGCUCCAAGUACCCAAUAUGAAAAGUGUGGAGGUUGCCAAAGUACCAGAACACUCUCAGUGAAGCAUCUUGAAUCUCGUGGAACUCCUGGUCCAUCCACUUCUCUAAAGGAGAAUCAACAGCUGGACUGCCAGAAGCUGGAUAUGUCAAACAUUGUUCUGUCGCUGAUCCAGAAACUGCUGAGUGAGAGCCCUUUCAGCUGUGAUAAGCUAUGCGAAGGUGAGAACAAGAGUUCUGAGCCCAGAACAAACAAAGCAUCUUCCAUGGCCAGAAGACCAGACAGAGAAGUACAAUGUCAGGAUAAUGCAGAACUGGACUCUAUCAGUGGGAUGAAGCAAAUGAACCAUCAGUUUAUAGAUCAAUUGGUAGAAUCUGUUAUGAAGCUGUGCAUGAUCAUGGCUAACUGCAGCAACAACAGGGAAGCCUUUGCUGAACUGGAAGAACGAGAAGCAGGCUUGACAAACAAUGCUGGUAGCUCCAGACAUGGUCAGGAAACCACAGUGUUAAAGAACCAAGAUUAUCCUGGGCCCGAAGUUAUUGUCAACAAUCAGUGCUCUACAAGUAACUUGCAGAAGCAGCUCCAGGCUGUCCUGCAAUGGAUUGCAGCCUCUGAAUUUAACGUGCCCAUGCUCUACUUCAUGGGAGAUGAUGAUGGACAACUGGAAAAGCUUCCUGAAGUAUCAGCCAAGGCAGCAGAGAAAGGCUACAGUGUAGGAGAUCUGCUUCAAGAAGUCAUGAGGUUUGCCAAGGAGCAACAACUGGAUGAAGCCGUGGUGAACAUGCCUAAGAAGCAACUGCUAGAUUGGCUCCUCACUAACCUGUAAAACUAAAACUUCAACUCCUCUUUUUUUUGGCGGGGCGGGGGGGCUACCGGGGAUUGGACUCUGGUCCUUAGAUUUUCCAGGCAGGAAGCGGAACACUGAGCUAAUUCCCCUGCCCUUCAACUCCUCUUCAUCUUACCCCCCCCAGCAGCAUUCCAUCUCAGCUGGAGCCACCCCUACCAUCAUGCUGGUGAACUGCACAAUACACAAUUGUGCUUCCCAAUACAUCUGAGCAGUUGCAGUGUGCAAAUACAAGGUGCCCUGG